AAAAGAAAAGCUGGACGCUUGGUGUUCAGAAGUGUGCCGGAGAGAUCACAGGAUCCGCGGCUGAGAUGGGGAGAGCGCGCUGUCAGAAAGUGCUAUAAAUGUCAUUUAUAGGCGCAGUCGUUUUGCGGGAGUUAUAGUCGUGUGCUAAACGCGUGUAGCGAUGGACUGUGUAUUUUUUUUCUAAGGAGUAAAGUGGGAUGUUUGCGGCAUUAUAAUGAUGUUCCUCCCCCUGAAGCCAAAGCUCGCAGAAUUACAAAACUCGCCGAAAUAAGUGUCAGCGCUCCGAUGAUGGCUACACUGGGCUGGUUCACCAGAGAAACAGAAUGGUUUUCGGCUGACAAGACCAAACGGGGAAGUACUUCUUCGCUGAGGGAGUCCGUUUCGCUUUACACACUGGGGGUGAUGGGAAACUCGUAAUCCACUCCAGUUCUAAGGAAUAAAACUUACAAAGUGCACUUGUCGCGUGGAGAUGAUCGUGCUAUUCCUCCUGCUCUGCGUCGUGGAUGGAGUGCUCGGCCAACUUCACUACUCUGUUCCCGAGGAGCAGGACCACGGGACGUUCGUGGGGAAUAUCGCGGAGGAUUUGGGCUUGGACGUGACAAAACUUUCGUCUCGCAAGUUCCAGAUCGUGCCCAGCUCGAGGACGCCGUACCUGGAGGUGAACCUGGAGAACGGCGCGCUCUUCGUGAACGAGAAGAUGGACCGCGAGCGGAUCUGCAAGCAGAGCGCGACGUGCCUCCUGCACCUCGAGGUGUUCCUGGAGAGCCCGCUGGAGCUCUUCCGCGUGGAGAUCGAGAUCCUGGACAUCAACGACAACCCGCCGAGCUUCCCCGAGACGGACAUCACCAUCGAGAUCACCGAGAGCGCCACGCCGGGCACGCGCUUCCCCGUGGAGAGCGCGUUCGACCCCGACGUGGGCACGAACGCGCUGCGCACCUACGACAUCACCACCAACAGCUACUUCUACCUGGACGUGCAGACGCAGGGCGACGGGAACAAGUUCGCCGAGCUGGUGCUGGAGAAGCCGCUGGACAGGGAGCAGCAGGCGGUGCACAGGUACGUGCUCACGGCCGUGGACGGGGGUCUCCCGCAGAGGACGGGCACGGCGCUGCUCCUCGUCAAAGUGCUGGACUCGAACGACAACGUGCCCGCCUUCGACCAGUCCGUGUACACGGUGAGCAUGGCCGAGAACUCGCCCCUGGGCACGCUGGUCAUCCAGCUCAACGCCACCGACCUGGACGAGGGCUCCAACGGGGAGAUCGUGUACUCCCUGAGCAGCCACAACUCCGCCCGCGUGCGCGAGCUCUUCAGCAUCGACCCGCGCACCGGCAGGAUCGAGGUGAUCGGGGAGGUCGACUACGAGGAGAGCAAUACGUACCAGAUCUACGUGCAGGCGAAGGACCUGGGACCCAACGCGGUCCCCGCGCACUGCAAAGUUCUCGUGAAGCUGGUGGACGCGAACGACAACGCGCCCGAGAUCAGCUUCAGCACCGUGAGCGAGUCCGUGGGCGAGCAGGCGGCCCCGGGCACCGUGAUCGCGCUGCUCAGCGUCACGGACAGGGACUCGGGGGAGAACGGGCAGAUCCACUGCGAGCUGCUAGGAGACGUGCCCUUCAAACUGAAGUCGUCGUUCAAAAACUACUACACGGUCGUGACGGACGGGCCCCUGGACCGAGAGAGCGUGGACUCGUACACGAUCACGAUCGUGGCGAAGGACAAGGGUGUCCCGUCCCUGGCCACCAGCAAGUCCAUCAAAGUGCAGGUGUCGGACGAGAACGACAACGCGCCCAGGUUCCUGCAGUCCGUUUACGACGUGCAAGUGACCGAAAACAACGUGCCCGGCGCCUACAUUUACGCCGUGAGCGCCGUGGAUCCCGACAUGGGACAGAACGCGUACAUAUCCUACUCCAUAUUGGAGUGCGACAUCCAGGGCAUGUCGGUGUUCACCUACGUGUCCAUCAACUCGGAGAACGGCUACCUUUACGCUCUGCGAUCCUUCGACUACGAGCAGCUGAAGGACUUCAGCUUCAUGGUCCAAGCGAAGGACUCCGGCAGUCCCGAGCUGACGUCCAACGCGACGGUCAGCGUGGUCAUCUUGGAUCAGAACGACAAUGCGCCCGCGGUGAUCGCCCCCGUGGGGAAGAACGGCACGGCGAAGGAGCACCUGCCCCGCUCCGCGGAGCCCGGCUUCCUCGUGACGCGGAUCGUGGCCAUGGACGCGGAUGACGGCGAGAACGCGCGCCUGUCCUACAGCAUCCUCAAAGGGAACGAGCUGGGCAUGUUCCGCAUGGACUGGAGGACCGGCGAGCUGAGAACCGCCAGGAGAAUAUCCAGCAAGCGAGAUCCGAACCACCCGUUCAACUUGUUGAUCGAGGUGAGGGACCACGGGCAGCCGCCGCUCUCGUCCACGGCCAGCGUGAUCAUUACCCUGGUGGACAGCAUCGUGGAGGGUCACAGCGGGGACCGGAGCUCCGCGAAAACUAAGGAGAACUCCCUCGACCUGACGCUCAUCCUCAUCAUCGCGCUCGGCUCCGUCUCCUUCAUCUUCCUCCUGGCCAUGAUCGUGCUGGCCGUGCGCUGUCAGAAGGACAAAAAGAUGAGCAUCUACACGUGCGUGACCGGCGAGUGCUGCGCGUGCUGCGGCGCGUGCUGCGGCGCGUGCUGCGGCGGCCGGCAGGCGCGCGCCCGCAAGAAAAAGCUUAGCAAGUCAGAUAUCAUGCUGGUGCAGAGCUCUAAUGUCACCAGCAGCGCACAGGUGCCCGUUGAGGAAUCCGGGAGCUUCAGCUCCCACCACCAAAACCAGAACUAUUGCUACCAGGUAUGUCUCACCCCGGAGUCGGCCAAAACUGAUCUCAUGUUCCUAAAGCCCUGUAGUCCUUCUAGAAGCACUGACACUGAACACAAUCCCUGUGGAGCCAUAGUGACAGGUUACACAGACCAGCAGCCUGACAUCAUAUCUAACGGCAGCAUUUUGUCCAACGAGACAAAACAGAGAGCUGAACUCAGUUACCUUGUGGACAGACCCCGGCGUGUUAACAGUUCUGCUUUCCAGGAAGCAGACAUUGUGAGCUCUAAAGACAGUGGCCACGGUGAUAGUGAGCAAGGAGACAGUGACCACGACGCCACCAACCGGGGUCAUUCCGCUGGUGCGGAUCUCUUUUCAAACUGCACAGAAGAGUGCAAAGCCCUAGGGCACUCCGAUCGAUGCUGGAUGCCCUCGUUCGUGCCGUCCGAUGGCCGGCAGGCGGCAGAUUACCGUAGCAAUCUGCAUGUCCCGGGGAUGGACUCUGUGCCUGACACUGAGGUAUUUGAAACUCAAGAGCAAACUGGGGAUAGAUCAUUCUCCACCUUUGGCAAAGAGAAGUCACAUCACGGCACCCUAGAGAGGAAAGAGUUUGAUGCACUUCUGCCUAGCACACGUGCGCCUUACAAACCACCAUAUUUGUGUGAGUAUUUAGCUAUUGAUCUUAAUCGGACUGAGUGCAACUAAAACCUGAGGACGGCAGGAAGUGCCGCAAAAUUCUUUUUCACUGUAAUUCCAUUUCUUCAGUUUAUUUCUAAAACGUAUUCCUAAAACAAACCUUCUGUUUUCUCUCUCCUUAUCUAUCCUCCAAUUUUCCAUUAAACCUGUAUUCGUGAUGUUUUGAAUGUUUGGUUACGGCAAUAUAUUUAAAUUGGCUGUAUCGUAAGCAGUUAGCCAGAGGAGUUUAUACCAACAAGUCUGUUGUGACUUUUCAUUUAAAUGGAAUUAAGUUAGUCAUAAAGAUAAUAGAUGGACUGUUUUUCAACAUACCCAAGUGGUUGAUGGAUCCUCUUACUGAACGAAGAUAAAAUGAGUGUUUUAAUGUGGAUAAAGGAACAAAAAACUCAGGGAUUAAUCUCAUCCAUCUCUGUGAAAUUUUGACAUUAGCCUGGGGGAUUUACUGGUCGCCUUACAUGCAUGAAGCACAUAUCGUUUCCCUUUAAUAUUUUGUAUGCAUACAUUGUAGACAGGUACGUACAUGUGUAUGUUUGCAAAACAGUACAAUAGUUAAUUAUUAAGUCUUUUUUUUUCUUCUUUUCAAUUAACACAGGCUUUCAGCUCUUUAUUUCUAAUGGAUAUCCAUUGGCUAUAUUUUGAAACAUUUCCUUUCUUGCUCUUUUCCGUUGAAUAGCAAGACAUGAGCACAGAAAACCUGAGCUAAUUCCCUGGUUAAAUACCUGUUAGGUAAAAAAUACUGAGCAAGUAGCAUAUGUCAUUCAUGCCAUUUUCAGAUUUUGUUAAAUGCAGCCAAAUUAAACAAUUGCCCACUACUGCUUCACUUAAUGAAUAGAGCAUGCAUUGUUUCAGAUAAUGGCCUUUCUCCACUGUAAUAAUCAAAUGUUGUUAUGCAUGAUAUUGUGCUAAUUUAUACCAUUCCUUCAUGUGAAUUGUGGCUUUGUAUGAUGUAGAUAAGUAAUUAUGUGAGCUUUCUUCAAGGGCCGCAUGUUUUAACAUGCUUCACUUGUACUUCUGGUCUUUUAAUUUUCAGUGUAAUGAGCUAUUUUACUCUAACAAGCUAUCUGUUCAGUUUCCAAACAGACAUGAUUUAACAGGACUCUCUUCUGCUUGCAGCGCGGAAAAGGAUUUGCUAGUUCAUUCCGCGUGGACAUACCCAAGACAGCAUGAAUUUGCACAAUAGCUGAGCAACAAAAGCAUCAAGUUUUCAACGUCAUUAUCUUGGCCAUCCAGCUGUACCUUACCUUUGGAUUUCUCUGCCUUGGGGGACAGACCAGAACUGAUGGCUAACAGUGGGACCUUACUGCUCUCAGCAGGCCUGAGAAAUGAGUUGAAAUUGAACUAUAAAAAAAGAAGAAGAAAAAACACAACAACAAAAAUAAACUUGGGGGUGGCAAAUCUCACUUCUCUAAUCUGUGUGUGCCUGUUUACAGCACUCUGUAUAUCUUCAAACAUCACUGAGCCCUUUAGAUGUUUAUACUCGCACCGAGAAGCCAAUUGUACAGGACAAAUAUUUGUGCAUUAUAAAUGCAAUAUCUCAAUUUUAGACUUGACUGUUUUAUAUUAUUUUUGUGUGGUCAGGUGGUCCCAAAUCUAUUCCGACUUUGUAAGGAAAAUUGUGAUCAUGCUUUAAAUUUUCUUUGACUUUUUUAUUUCCACAAUAUUGGCCUAAAAAUUAAUCAGAUACAUACAGUGGUUUAUAUCAUGUGUGCAAAGUGUUUACUGUACUAUUUUAAAGCUUCUAAAUGGAUAUAAAUACAUAUAUAUGAAUAUAUAUAUAUACAUAUAUACUUUUUCUGAAAGUGUGGUAUCCAUUGGUUAGUUUCUUAUUCACCAUAUAAUCCCAUAAACUGACAUAAAGUGCUACAGAAGCCCUGUGAUAUGCGGGGUAAACUGAACCUUUUUUGCACUCUCACCAAGUUGUUUUUUUUGUCGCUUCUUUUAUUUUUCCACUUUUAGAUAUUGAACGUUAUGUCUAUAAUGAAAGGAAACUACUUUAGGUUUGAAAUCAUGGUAAUUCUGUGUUAUUGUAAGAAUAAUUGGCAAGUAAAACGUAAGAUAAAUAUCAAAGUUAUUCAUACAUUUAAACCACACAGAUACAUACACAAUCACACACUCUCACAGACACACAUACAGCCAGAGGUGAUUAAUAAACAGUUAAAUGCAUAGAACUUGGCCUGUGUUUUUUUCAUAAUUUUUUUG